AUGCGCUUGCAGGCGCUUGCCCAAGCCCAAGCCGUGCCCCAAGCUCACGCUCCGCUAAGCUCGAACCUCGCUUCGGACUGUCACUUCAAGUUGCUUUUGGACUCGGUCGAUCCCCUCAGUUUCCGCCUCCAACGGUCGAUUGUGAUCAUCUGUGCUUGGCGAUUCUAGACACUGUUGGGCCACCCCAAGUCGAUCUCGUCACCGCCAGAUCGAGUUGGUCGUACGCUUGAAGCGCACUGGCAUACUCGAGCUCGCCCACGAGCUCCUGACGACCGGGCCACAGGCCUCCAGUACGACCAGCCCUAACCCGUCGUCUGCGUGUCCGAUCUCGACCGAUUGGUUCUAGUCCUACUCCGAGUCGACAUCAUCGGCCGCUGAUUCGUCCAGGCCUGCCUCGACGCGCCGAGUCGUCGAGCGUGAUCGGAUCGAGGGAGCUCAACGGCCGCCAACGCCUCAGCGAAGCCCCCGACCGAGUGGAUGUAAGCCCUCGAUCGACCAUCUCAGACACGAGAUAAGGUGCGUAUGUGCUGCAAAAGCUUAUCGCUGACAUCUUGCUGCGCGUCUACGCUCUCGAUCGGGUCUUGCAGUCGAUUUCGCUUCCCUUGCCGGGUGCCGUCGCCAGCUCGCGAGCGACGAGAUCGUCAUCGGGACGAAGGAGCAACACGUGAAACCGGCGCUGCUCGAGGGCCGUGACCACGAUUGGCCGAGAUUCGCCCCUACUUCCAGACGAUCGUCUCGUCAGCAACUGUAUCCACUACAGCCCCCACACUGGAACGAUGGGGAACGCCAACUCGUCAGAACAGCAGCAGCAGCAACGUGUUUCGCAGACGGGCAGCGCCCCGUCGACUUCAACGGGCGCUGAGCGGAGGAGGCACGCCCAAUCCAGCAACAACAGUAGUGCCGCACCUUCGCCUCGUCUUCGCACCCACACCUUGCCCCCAACGACCUCGGUAGCACCAACGACCACGACCACCACAGCCCAUGCCGAGCCCUCGUCGUCAUCCGCGAGUGCCGUCGCGCAUUCAUCUUCGGUCGCAGCAGCAGCAGCAGCAGCAGCUUCGGCCGCUUCGUCCGCGAAUACGACGAUCGAUGACGACUCGAGCACGACAAGAUCGGGUCGGACAUCCGAACCGGGUCGCCGCAAGAAGAGCAUCGAGCUGUCAGACGUCGAUCCGUCGCUGACCUUCUCGUCACGAGCACCCUCGCUCGCACGAGGCGUGCGACGAAAGACGAACGAUCGCAUCCAUGGCGACAUCAUCAUCGCCCCCGAAGACGUCGACGUCGACGAUCCCGAGCCUCUAGGGUCAGGGACAUUGCGAGGUGCGAUGCAGGGCAAAGCAGAACAUGUCGUCUACGGUCCUCGAAGGUCCGCACCACCAGAAUCACCGAUGACAUUGACGCCGACGACCGAGCUCGCCUCUCGACCGCAGGCGAUCGAUCUCCCGACACCGGACAUCACUGCGACCCUCGUGGACCCCGAUGACACCGUGCAUCCCGGAUUCGCGGCCUCGCCUCGUCUCACCGCGGCCGUCAUCCUCUCGCAGGACCAGAUGCCCGUCCUCGUCUCUCCCAUCAGCGAAGUCGCCCCCACCGACUCCCCACUGUACGGCGCCGGCAGCACACCCUCGUCGCAGACCAGUUCCGGCAAGUCCUCCAUCGUUCCGCGCUCACUCUCCUCCGUCCUCUCUUCUGUGUCGGCCCCGUCGACGAUUGCUUUGGCCGCCGCAGGACGACUACCGACAUCGAAGCUCGGUGCCACUUCGGCUCUUGCACCGAUCCCGGCUUCGCAAUUGCAAACCCCUCACACCGCCCCACCGAUGCACACCAACAUAGCGCCGACCGACACCGUUCAGGCACCGCCCAUUCCUUCGAAUCACCUCCCCAUCUCGGAAGCCGACAUUCCCUCGGGAACGAGCGUCAUCGCGUCCCCCGUCGUCACACCCGUUCCCGGAGGCACACCAACGGGGGCGAUCGUCUCACCCGCCGUUCUCCUUCCCCCUCGACUCCUUAAUGCACCCGUCGCCGCGAUCCCGAUCCCACUGCUCAGUGUGCCCUCGGCAACGAUCGCUGCAAGCCUUCUCGCAGCCGCCGUCGAUCUCGGAGCCGGAACCGAAGGAGUUCCGACCUUGAUCAAAUGGAAGGACGAAGAUGGUCAGGUGCCCGCUUCGUCGGACGGGAAACGACCUGCGCAGGGUCCGUCGGAGGUUUACGUCACGGGCACGUUCGCGAAGGGGUGGCAGACCAAGAUCGAGCUACGCAAGGCCAAGUGAGUGCUGAACGCCGAUCAGGGGAUCUUAGAUAGUGUCUUGCUGAUUUUUGCUCGCUUCUGGGUCCAACUCCAUCAGUGCUGCGGAUUUCUCCGCGCUCAUCUCGCUUCCUCCCGGACCUCACCGACUCAAGUUCAUCGUCGACAAGGAGUGGAAGGCGUCCAAGAACCUACCCGUCGCCACCGACGCCGACGGGAACUUGAUCAACUACCUCCACGUCAACGCCGCCGACUCAAAACUCGCAACAGAACUGUGGAAAGCUUCGGGCACAGGGUCGACCGCACCAACGACUCGAACGCAGCCUUCUGUAUCGGCACCAAACUCGACAUCACUCUGGCCCACGUUCGGCGACGAAGACGAUGCCGAAGCCCCCGGAGUGGACGGUGGAGUGGACGGUCUCGACGACUCGGAAUGGACCUCCGAAAUACCAUACGAACUCGUCGAAUACGGGGAAUGGGAAGCCGAACGCGACGCGAUCGAGAACUCGUCCGCCUUCUUGAAUCCUCCCCCCAACUCCCCACCCAUCGUCCUCCCUCCACCUCCCGCUGUAUCUGGAGUUCCUCCCCCAAGUCUUCCUGCGCAAUUGGAGAAGGGUCCAUUGAACCAUGCCGCGUACGUGACACAGGGGAGCGGCGACGAUAAUUCCAUCUUGCCGAAACCGGAUCAUUCGGUUAUCAAUCACUUGGCUGCGAGUCCGAUCAAAGGUGGUUUCCUGAGUGUCGGUGUGACGACGAGGUAUAAACGCAAGGUGAGUUCACUUUUAAUCUCCCUCGUAUCUCUACCGAAAUGGUUUCGCUGACGCUCCGCUUGUUUUCUUGACACCGACAGUUCGUCACAAUCGUCUACUAUAAAGCCCUCGCCGCACGCACAUGA